UUUGCGCGUCUCUUUGAGUCCCAGGCAUUGUCUGGUCCCUGCCGAAGCGGGACCAGACAAAUGGCCAGCUUAGGUGUAGCCUGGGAAUGAGAAGAAAAGCGCGGAAAGAUAUCAUGGGCUGGGAGGCGAGGCUCGCAGAGCAACAUCCCCUCCUCGUUCGCCGGGCGGCCAGGACAAGAGACAGCUCCUCGCCCAGAAGGAGGCGGAGCCUCUCUACCAUCGAGUUGGUCGGAAACUAGAGCGGAAGGCGGGCGGGAGGACGGUGGUAGCCGCUCUGCGCGCCUGCUGGGGCGUUCUCGUCGCUCCCUGGAGAGGGGGAUGGCGGAGGAAGAGGGGUACCUGGCCCUGUCCGGGGAGCGCAUCACGCUGCAGCGCCUCCACCACAGCGCCUCCUGCCGGGAGUUCCAGGUGCGCUGCCCGAGGCUGCAGCUGCGCUCGCUCAGCGCCGUCACGUGCUCCGUGUGGCUGGUGGCCUACGGGCUCUUCGUCCUCAGCCAGAACAGUGCGGUGCUCUCUGCUGCUAUAUUUGUCACACUGAUAGGCUUGCUUGUGUACCUGCACUUUGUGAAAAUUGACCAGGAGUCUCUGCUUAUUGUUGGCUCACUUGGAAUACAGAUGACUUCAUCCUAUGCAUCUGGCAAAGAAAGUACAACCUUUAUAGAGAUAAGCCAGGUAAAAGAUGUGGUCAUCAACGAAGCCAUCUAUAUGCAAAAGGUUAUCUAUUACCUGUGCAUCCUUCUCCAAGACCCCGUGGAACCGCAUGUUGUGUCAGAGGUAGUACCAUUGUUCCAGAACUCUGCAGUGCUACACAACACUUUUUUACGUGAUCUUCCUUUCAAUCCUGGGUCCAAGAACAUAGAGUAGCUGUUAGUUUGUAAUUCAGUGCACCUUAGACGCAGCAGUGACAUGCUCAAUUGAGCAUGGAUUAACUGCUGAACUUUCUGGAUAGUUGAUCUUGCCCAGGUAGGUGGGGCGGUAACCCUUGUCACCCUUUGGUGCAUUUAAGCCCUUGCUUUUCUCAGUUAUGUCAGCUCUAAAGAAUACAAUUUACCAUCUCACUGAGCCAAUUAACACUUCUAUAAUCACGUACUAAAUUAACCUGUUUUUCUAUGAAACUCAGUGGCAAGAAGAAAGCUUCCAAAUGGACUUUACACUAAGAGUUGUUUUCAGCAGCUCAAAAGGCAUUAGGGCUCAGAGAGCAAAGGGUGGGUGGGAUGGAGUGGGAAAUUACCGCAGAGGUGAGGAGUUAAAUACAGAAAUAUUUCUGAGUUUUUGGCCCAGCACAGUAGUAGUAGAAAGUUACAAUUUUAUGUCCUUUCUAUUGUGUUAGCAUGGGUGGAGUUCUAGGCUACUAUUUAUUUUAUGGCUGACCAGAUCAGUGAAGGCAUAGUUUGGAUAAAACUUAAGAAGUUAGGCCUUUUAAAACAUCACUGCUCUGAUCGUUCAGACUAGUCUCUGCAGCAGUGGAUGUUCUUCAGAAAGGGCAACCCUGUUUCCCCACCCCCCUCCUCCACAUUGCUUAUAUCCGUACAUUUUUACUUAAAGAGAAUGGAGAAUUCAUUUUCCAGCUUGCUUUUGUCCAUCAUCUCAAGUCAGCCGAUCUGCUCUUUUGAGCUCCUAGCCAUCAGCAAACCAGGGACAUAUACCCUGUCUCCAGAAAAGAAAUAAAAUAAGCACAUAAACAGAACAUAUGUUGUAGCAUUUUGGUCCCUCCAAACUGGCUCUUCUGCCUUCCUCUCUCUCUCCUUUUGUCAGUAUAGCCAGUCAGGGAACUUGGAUUCAUAUAGAGGAACUUGUAGAAUUAAAGAAGAUAGGGUGGGACUAUGAGCAUGUGCUGCCAAUGUCAGGUAAGAGAGAUAUAGUGUGUGUGUCAGGUGUGUUUGCCUGGGUUCAGUGUGUCUAGGAGCAUGUAUGAGAGAAAAAGGUGAGGGUGUGUCAGGUGUAUGUGCCAGUGCGAGGUGAGUGUCUGUGUGCACCAGGUGUGUGUGCCUGGGUUAAAUGUUGAUGUAUACAUUUAUGCAAGCAAUCUCCCGUAAU